AUGUUUGUAAAGAGCGACCCAACGGCCUGCAAAAUGCACCAGCUCAAAGGCAUGGAUGCUAUGGAACUCCGCGGCUGGGCAUCUCAAAACCCGCUCGUUCCCGCCCGCGACCUUUCGGACUCCCUCGGUACUGCGCUCCUCGCAACCUUCCAAGGCCAAGACGAUGCCGUGAAGAUCCAUCUGGAUGGCCAAAGUGCCGAAAAGGGGAAAGAUGCUGUCGUAAAGGAAGUCUACGCCGCGCGAUGGGGCGCAACCCAAAUUCCAAUCUUAAACGUCGUUUUGCUAGCGGUGCAUCACACGCCUGGGGAUAAGCAGCCAUUGCUCGAUCUCACGCGGUAUCUCGUCGAAGAAUUGGGUGUGCCUGUCGACGGCACGGACGUCACGGGCUCGAGUGCACUGUACUGGAGUAUUUCGUGUAAGCCCUUCUCUGAGCCGGACUUCGCGCAGAUCCUGUUUGACGCUGGGGGGUCCGUCAAUCAAAAGAACCGUUUCGGCGGUACUGCGGCGAGCGAGAUCGCGCAGGCGGAUUUGGCGGGCGAUACGAGCAGGAAUGUGGCUAUGUUGAAGUGGUUUCUUAGGCAUGGUGGCGAUAUUGAUGGGAAGGAUAAUGAUGGGAUGAAUGUUAGAAUGUUGGUGGAUAUGAUGGCGAAACGUAUACCCGGUAUGGCGGCGGCGGUGAAAGAGGGAAGACGGGGUAGGCAAGAGGGGCAGUGCGAGAAUUGUGGAAGGGACAGGGCCGAUAAGAGUUGCGCGAGGUGUAGAGCAGUGAAGUACUGCGGGCAGGAGUGUCAGAAGGUGGAUUGGAAGGGGCAUAAGAAGGGGUGUAGGGCAAUCGCAUAGGAUGGCGAGAUAGUUGGGGAACUAGGACAGACAAAAGUUGGGUUAGAGUCAGCCUAGCUGCACUACUCUCGUCACUGACUAAGCUCUAAUCUGAGAAUCGCAAUGCAUCGUUCU